GAAGGCCCUACGGUGUGAGGACUCUGGGGAGCACAGGCCUCUAAGAGGCCCAGCUCAAGGGGGAUUUUGCAAGUCUCUUGAGACCCAGAGGGAAGGACAAGGCGGGGGUCCCCUCUGAGCUGUUCCAAGCCACAGAGAAUUUCCUUUUAUUUGGAGGAAGCGGGAGUUCUUCUUUCGUAAUGUGAAUGUCAGAGAUUCUGGACCCACCGGUGACUAAGAGUGUCUGGGGCUCGUGGGUGUCGCGAAGUGCUUAAAUACUCGGCCCUCCUGUCAUCCGGUGAUUACAGACACCUGAGCUGGGACACACAGGACAAGAGCAUGGCCAGCCUGAAGAUUCUGUUCCUGGCUGUCCUUGUCCUCCUUGCUAUGACACUUCAGGCAACUGAGGCAGGCCCCUAUGGCGCCAACGUGGAAGACAGCGUCUGCUGCCGAGACUACUUCCGCCACCCCCUGCCCUCUCGUAUGCUGAAGUAUUUCUACUGGACUUCGGACUCCUGCCGGAGGCCCGGCGUGGUCUCCUGUGAGGACCAUGAUUAUUAUCCUCAUUUCACAGAUGUGGAAACUAAGGGACGUGCUAACAAUGGCAGAGCUGGGCCAGAGGAUCUGGCUCCAAAGUUCAUGCUCUUGGCUCUCUCCCAAGGCAAUAUCAGCAAUGAUCACGAGACUCUUGGGCAUUCUAUUUCUUGGCCUGACCUGGCCCUCAAGCCUAGACGAAGAGUCCAGGAAAUUCUAGCUGCUCUUCUCCCCUCUCCCCACUUAAGAACUUCCUUACGGUCAGGGACCGGGAGAUCUGUGCUGACCCCAGGCUGCCCUGGGUGAAGAAGAUUCUGCAGAAGAUGAACCCAUGAGAAAGGGCCCUGCCCUGAUGACCGUGGCCUUGGCUCCUCCAGGAAGGCUCACAGAGCCCCACCUCUCGGCCGUUACAGCCGCCCCUCAACACAAGCCUGUGCCGAUGGAUCUCUCCGCAAUCUCUUAUCUCUGUGCCUGUAGCUGUCACCCUCAGAGGAGCCUCCACACUGUCACUCAUCUCCCCUCUUGUCCCUCUAACCUAUUCUCUGCCCCACCGCAGCCAGAGGGGCCACAAUCCUGGUCAGUUACUCUCCUGCUCAAAACUCUUCCAUGGCUCCCCAUUGCCCCAAGCUGAGGUGAGAGCUCCUGAGCCUGGCACCCCUGUCCCCAGCCCUGCCUCAUUUCCCUUCACACAUGUUGGACUCCAGCUCCCUGUUCUCCAAACCCGUGCCAUACAUGUCCACUUCCAGGUCUUUUUCCAGGCUGCACCUGACGCCCAGGAUGCCUCCCCACCACCUGUGUGUGUCCACCCCUACCAGCCCUCCGAGGCACUGCUCAACCCAAGCAGCCAGCAAUUGAGUUUUAUUUUUCAGAUGUCCCCCGGCCCUCUGUCCCCUCUUAACAGCCUUGAUCACAGUCUACCCAGAAUUCUCAGGACUUGGGGAACUCAUCCUACCGCCCCAGUGGCUGGAUCAAGGUCCCACACCUGUUACUUUGUCCAUUGGCCUUCAACGCAGAGCACAGGGCCUGGCUCAAUGAAUGGCUACAGACUGAAUCAAUAAAAAUAAUGUUCCUCUGCCACGGCCCAUCCCCCAAAGGCCCUCGCACAUCAAUACAGAGACUCAAGUUCAUCUAGAAAGCAGCCAGUUGAGUCAAUUGUGAAACCUCAAAUUUACCCAGAUUCACCUCUCUUCCCCAUUUUACCUCUGUGUUGGGUUUUUUGACUCUUUCUUGUUUCCCUCUUGCUCCUCUAACCUCUGACACCCAGGCUUGACCUCUUCAGAGUUCCCCACUUUCCCUUUCUCCUUCCCCAAAUAACUGAUAACCAACUUUAUGCUACGGUGUGAAUGACUACCCUUGGCUUGACAUUGCAAGCUCUAAUUAUAUUUCUAUAAGAAAAGAGGGCAAAUGCUUAAGAGGCCAAAGGGUUGAAUGGAAAAGUUUUAGGAACCGUUUGGGAGAGGGAUGAGGUGGAACUUUCCUGGCCCUGGGAGUGUGUAGGGUAUAGUGAAGGGAAAGAGCCUUGGGUGGAGAUUGUUCUCAGCUGGGAGGGGCCAGGAUAAGGCCUGGGACUUGGGGCUUUUCUGCACUUCCUUGGGGACAAUAGAUUCCCCAGGUCAAGGAAAUAAACUUUACACGUGCUCGUUUCUCUCCAAGGGAGCGUGGUGCAGUUUAGCAGGGUGGUUGAUGCUGUGUGAAUCUAAGGAGACCACUGACCCUCUCUGAGCCUCGCUUGAGAAUGAGAAGACCCAUAUUAUGGGGUUGCUGUGGGGUUCAGGUCCAAGACAUGGGGAGCAAAACUCAGUGUCUUCCAGGGCCCGGAGCCCAGGGUCAUCUGCCCACCGUGAACACUGAAAGUGUUAACCUGCCCACUGCCUGCGCACAGGGCCCUCAAGCGUCCUGGGAUUGCUCUCCCCUCCUGUCCUGCCCCGGUCCCUCGGGCCUUCUGAAAAAUAAACCCUCUACCACAGUG